AUGAAAUACGGUAAAAAACAAAAAGAGAAAUCGAAGCCAUUGGAAAUAUCAAGUGGUGCCGAAUUCAAGAUCUCUGAUAUAAAUAUGUGUGGCAAUUAUGUGGUCUAUCUAACUGUUACAUAUUUUUUCAUGGUACUAUCACAAACAUGCAACCUUCUCUUCAUGACAUUCGCCGACCGGAAACCUAAAGUGGAAGAUUUUUGUGAAAAGAAAUACUCGGAUUACAUGUCAACAAAGAUCUGUAAUGUAAGCAAUUGUUGGGUAACAACAAAUCGAAGUGGCAAUGUUAUAUGUUCUACAAACACCUAUGAUUUCAUUCCAAUAAGUUACGAUUUUGACAUACCAAUGGAAUAUGUUAAAUUGGGUACAACAAUACAAAAUAUUGGGUUAAUGAUUGGUGCUAUUGUGGCUGGCAAUAUCGCUGAUAUCCUUGGUAGAAAGAAAGUAUUGCUGUCAUUUACUAUCGGUUUAAUAAUAUUUCUUAUUGUUACACCAUUUUCGCCAUCCUUCAUUGUAUUCACCAUUUUUCGCUUCUUCGAUAUGAUUUUUACUGGUGGAAAGCAUUGUGUUUGUAAUCCAUAUUUUAUGGAAAAUUUACCGGACAAGCAUCGAAUGUGGGUAGCCACCGUAGUUACAUAUUCACCCAAUUAUAUUAUCUUAGCCGGCAUCGCAUAUUUGUGUAAAAAUUGGAAAAUUCUAUCGUGGGUAACUGCUGGCAUUGCUGUACUACCUUUAAUCAUGAUACCAUUUCUAAUGGAUACACCACGAUGGUUAAUAAAAAAAGGAAAAGAUAAGAAAGCAUCAAAGGCAGCUGUUUGCAUCCGGAAAUGGGAUGAAGAACUUACACCGGAAAAGGAAAAGAAAAUUAUUGCUGUUGUUGAAAAUGCUGCAAAGGAAGAGUUAACAAAAAAGAAAAAAGGAAAGAAUUAUUAUUUUUAUCAUUUAUUCAGUAAUUGGAAACUUGGCAGUUAUGCGGUAGUGUUUGCUACAAGCUUAUUUUCAACAAGUUUUAUUAGUUAUGGUAUCGCAUAUAAUAUGGAUGCAUUAGCGGGUACAGUUUACAUUAAUGUUAUUAUAUUGGGGGCUGCAAGAUGGUCCAUUAACAUAUUAGCUGCUGGACUCGAAUUUUCAAUUAGAAGUGUUGGACGACGUUUACUUCACCUUGUUGCGGUUGGAUUUAUCGCUGUUAUUAUGGCAAUUAUUUUUGUCAUUUAUAUAUUUACAUGGCCAAAAAUUAACACCUAUAAAGCAGUUAUAAAAGCUGGUGGAACAGGUGAGGGAUCGAUUCUUGCGAUUAUUAUAUUCACACGAUAUGCUUCUCUUUUGGCGGCUGCAAUGUGCACCGAAUUAUUCGUUCUGGACACCGUACAACCAGCCGAGCUAUUUCCGACACCGAUACGUAGUACGGGAAUUGCUUUCAUUCAAAUAUUCAAUCGUUUGGGCACCAUUGUUAGCCCGCUUGUGUUCAUCCCGAGUAAGCAUUGGCCGCCAGCGCCAUUCCUUUUGAUGUUGAUAACAAGCGCGGCGGAUUUUUUGCUCUACUUUUUUCUGGUGCCCGAGACUCGCGGGAUGAAACUACCCGAUAAUAUGCCAGGUGAAGAGGAUAAUCUCUGUGAGGAUCGCACUCAGAGUACAGAAUACACAACGGAUAUUACGAACGUUGAAAGUUAUGAUUCAGUGUCCACUUCAACAUCACGACAGAGUCGGAAAAAUGCGAAGACAGAAACAGAAACGAGAACAGGUGAGGAUGAAGAUAAGAGCAGGAAGAGUGAAGAGGGAAAAGAAAGAUGGAGAAUGGAAAAUAGAGUUUAG